AUGCAAAAGCUGCUACGAACACAAACACUGAAGCUUGUGACCAAACAUAACUACGCGAAAUUCUGUUACGAUUUCGUCAGUGCUCAGGACGACAUCGAAUUGCCAUCAAUGCGUUGCAUCAUGUCAUCGUUUACAGUGGCUGUUCUAAUAAUCGCUUCAUCAGGUGAUUGUGCCAGUAACUCAUUUCAAGCCACGGUCCUAGCGGGAGAGGCCCGUGACCUCGACGAUGUUCUUGCCUUACCUAAGGAUACGUUGUCUCUACUUUUCAUGGGAGAUACUCAGUACCAUUACAAAUGUGAACCAACAAACGUUAGAUGCAAGAUGGCCUCGAAAAAUUGUCGGAAAAGCAACGAACUAGACUAUUAUUUGCGGCCCGGACCAUCGUUGAACGAAACAGCUCAUGCAGGGCAGAAGAGAUGUAUUAAGAUUGAGAGCCGAUACGCAAAUCGAGUGCAGAGGCAGGCUCUGGAUCGCUUGAUAAGCAGAAUGCGAUAUCCUCCAUCGGCUCUAAUCAUCGAUGGAGACCUAACUGACUUCGGUCACCUAGACCAAUGCAAAGAGUUUCAGGCAGGUUGGAUGAGGUCGUUCGGUGUUCCAAUCCUUAUCGGUCUGGGCAAUCACGACUACGAGAACAACGUCAACGACUGCGCCUUCAACUUCUGUGCGCACACUAUGAUGACGUGGUUUACGAACUACGGUAAGAAUAUGUCACUAGAAUUGGACUACCGUCGAUGGGUGAAAUCCGCGUUUGAUGUCACGUAUGACGGAUCUUUUGCAUACUCGACGAGGGUCUGCAGCGUAACUGGAAAAAACUGUGCUCAAGUAAUUCAACUAAAUAAUGCCGUCGAUUACGAAACAAGGUUUUCAUCACUUUUCGUUGACUGGAAAGUGAAUUCAGCAAUGGAUUUUCUCAAAAGAGAAUUAAAGCUGCUGAAGGAUAUGGACAUACCGAUUCUAAUCAAUAUGCAUCAGUGUGAAGGAACUCGCCUGGAAAAAAUGCGGGAGACGAUUGCUGACUGGAUUUACGAGACGAGAGCGCUAGGACAACGGAAAAGGGUAGCCGUAUUUUUUGCGCAUUUACAUUCGUUGCACGAAGUAAAGACGAUGUGCCUUCACGGCGUCACUGUCCCAUUCGUCUACGUCGGUUCUGUUCCUAACAACAGGUUCGUCGCAUAA